AUGCAAAGGGACAGUGAGCCCCAGCCUUCGGACCCAGCUGUCCCCACCAUCAAGGUGGUCCUAGUGGGCGAUGGGGGGUGUGGCAAGACGUCUCUGCUGAUGGUCUUCACCAAGGGAAAGUUCCCAGAGGCCUAUGUACCCACUGUCUUUGAGCGGUAUUCCAUGGCUUUGCAGCUUGAGGGCAAAUCUGUGAAUCUCUACCUCUGGGACACAGCAGGACAAGAAGACUAUGACCGCCUGCGCCCACUGUCCUAUGCUGAUGCCCAAGUGGUGCUCAUGUGCUAUGAUGUCAUGAGCCCUAACAGCUUCGACAACAUCCUUUCCAAGUGGUAUCCAGAGGUGAAGCACUUCUGCCCAGGGGUGCCCAUCAUCUUGGUGGGCUGUAAGACCGACCUGCGCAAAGACAGGGUGCUGCUGAAAAAACUACGGCAGAACCGCCAGGAACCCAUCACCUACCAGAAGGGCCAGAUGAUGGCGAGGUCGGUUCGAGCAGUCACUUAUAUGGAGUGCUCUGCCUGGCUCCAAGAUAACGUCCCCUCUAUUUUCCAUGAGGCGGCAGUGGCUGCCCUCAGCAGUCACAAACGCCACCGUCGAAGGCAAAGGGUGGCUUGGAAAGGCUGCCUGGUGACCUGA